AUGGUUCCAGACCAAAAGCCUACGAGCAUACGGGUCUUGUCACUCAAUUGCUGGGGCCUCAAGUAUAUCGCUACACUCCGCAAUGAGCGGUUGACUGAGAUUGGCCGCCAAAUCGCAGCCGCCGAUCCUCGACCAGAUAUUGUUGGUCUCCAGGAGUGCUGGACACAGCAGGACUACAACGCCAUCCGCGGGCUGACCAAAGACAUCCUGCCAUAUGGGAAGUUCUACUUCAGUGGCUGCUUCGGCGGAGGACUUGCCAUACUGUCACGAUGGCCAAUCGAAGAGAGCAACAUGGUGCGGUAUCCGCUGAACGGACGACCCGCUGCCUUUUACCGUGGAGAUUGGUUCGUUGGAAAGGGUGUUGCAUGUGCGCGCAUACGCAUAGGCCCGGCGUCCAAGGACGUAGCUGAAGUCUUCACGACACAUCUCCAUGCGCCAUACGAAGCCGAACCACACGAUUCGUACAUCUGCCACCGAACGGCACAAGCAUGGGAGAUAGCAAAGCUCAUGCGUGCAGCUGCCGAGCGCGGACACUUGGUCAUUGGUAUGGGAGACUUCAACAUGGUGCCACUGUCACUGGCGCACCGCAUCAUCGAGACACAUGCACCCGUGCGAGAUAUAUGGCGCAUCCUCCACCCCGACUCGUCUCACGGUGCAGCGAAAGAUAAGGUCGAGCAGCUGCGCGGCCUGCCCAUGCCGAAUGCCGAGUUCAACGUCGCAACGAACGGCACGACGUGUGACAGUGCGUUCAACUCUUGGAGAUGGAACGAGGCACACAAAAAGCGGCUGAAGAAGGGCGAGAACGUGCAGAUAGACCCGGCCGUCGACGACCCGAACGCAAAGCGCCUCGACUAUGUCUUCUUCAGCAGCGCACGGCAUCACGAUGCGCAGACGGGCGAGGAAGCCGCUGAGUGGGAGCUCAAGGAGGCGAAUGUGGGAAUGACCAUGCGCCAUCCAACACUCCACUGCUCGCUCAGCGAUCACUUCUCAGUUGAGUGUACACUGACGAGGAAACACAAUCCUCAUGUUGCGCACGCUUCAGACGUCGUCAAUCGGUACCUGCCCAUCGAGACUUACGAGGAGAUCAUAGCGACGCUCGUCAAGUACAUGGAUCGCCAACGGAUACAGCGCAAGCUGCGUAUCGGGCACUUCUUCUUCCAGCUCUCAGUCUGGACUGCCUGCAUGAUCGGGGUCUGGUGGUCGCCGCACAACUAUGUGUCUUUCAUAUUGAUGCUGCUGAGCUCAAUAGGGUUGAGUGUUGGUGUCAUCGACGGCUUGAUGGGGCUGCUGUUUGGCGGUAGCGAGAUGAGGGCACUGAAGGAGUUUGAGUGGGAGGUCAAAAACGCAAUGUCGAGGGCAUUGGAACUCGACUCCCUCCACAACUGCGCAGCCGUGACCGACCUCAAGAUGAGCAGCUCCCAGCCCCAGACAGCCGGUGCUGGCCAGCAACAGCAACAGCAACAGGGCCCGAAGCUGCUCAAGGCCGACGACAUUCUUAGGCUGCAAUGUCUGAGCGACGACGAGAAGCAGAAGUAUAGGCUACUUAUGCACAACACCUGGAACAUGUUCAACAACGCUACACCAGGCAGCCCGGAACAGACACAGGCGCGCGCAACGCUGCAGCAGUUUUCACAGAAGUUCAUCGCCAGGGAGCGCGCGCACAGGGCUAAGAUCCAGCAGCAGCAACAGCAGGGCGGACAAGGACAGCCCAGCCAGCCUGGUGCAGGCGCACAGCAAGCCCCAAUCAAGCAAGAAGGGCAGGGCAACGCUGGAGAUGCUGCCACGACACAACAGCAGCCAUCGCAACCACAGAAUCAGGGUCAACAGCGGCCGCAGAACCCGUCUGUGGACCCAUCUAUAAUCAAGCACGUUCACGAAUUCCCGUUCACAUUACCGCCCAACUACACGCUAGGCACGCCUGAAGCCGAAGCCAAACUUAAGGAGUACAAGAAUGGUUAUCUCAGCAUGUUAGCAAAACAGGCGACCCUCACCGAGAACAUCAAGAGGAUCCAGGCGCAGAUACAAGAGCGGGGGAAGAGCGGACAAGAGGUGCCCCAGGAGUUGACGAACGCGAAGAACAAAGUUGAGGAAGAGUACUAUCGCAUGAAGGCUCAGAUCGAGAAGUUCCGCGGGUUGCAGAAGCAGUGGAAAGACGAGCGCGCCAAUCAAGGACAAGGAGCACAACCUACGCAACAACCCCAGCAGACACCGCCUCAGCAGUCGCAGCAGCCACAGCAGCCCCAACAGCCUCAGCGGCAGCCUUCACUGUCCGGACCGAGCGGCCAGCCCGCAAUCAAAGAGGAGCCACAGAUAAAGGUCGAGGGCGGGCAGCCGCAGCAACCGCAACAACCGCAAACGCAAACACAACCACCGCAGUUCAACCAGCAAAACAACCAACAACAGCCACCUCAACAAAACAACCAAGGACCAACACCACAACUCCCACAACAGCCACAACAACCGCAACAGCAGCAGCAGCAGCAACAACAACAACAACAACAUCAAAUGCAGCGCCCACCACCAGCACCGCAUUCCCUCACGAUGCCGCCGCAACAGUUCCCACAGCAAGGUCAGCAGCAGCUGCACCAGCUGCCGCAACAAGGACAGGCUCGACCGCAGAUCAAUCCACAUCAGGUGAACAUGCAACAGCAGCACCAGCAGAGCAACUCACCACACCCGCAGUCUGCAACAACCAACGGCCCACCGGUCCCCCUCUCCCACCAAGCCGCCGUCAGCGCCGCGAACCGCUCUUACACAGACCCCGCGCGCACCAACACGCCCAUGCAAGCCGGUGCAGGCGGCAGCUUCCACGCGCCUGGCAGCCGCGAGCGCGAGCAGCUCAACAACCCCAAAAUGCCCAUCCCACGCCAUCUGAAUGUCACAUCUCCCAUGCCCGUCAACAUGGGGCAGCAGCGCCCGACUAUGAGUGGGCCGACCAACGGUGCGCCGGGACCUAUGGGCCAGCCUGUUAUUAGCCGGCCGCCGCCGUUCCAGCUCGAGGGUGAGGGCGAUCGCGUGCUCAGUAAGAGGAAGUUGGACGAGCUGGUCAGGCAGGUCACGGGCGGGAGUGAGGAGGCGCUCACGCCGGAGGUUGAAGACGCGGUCCUCCAGCUCGCUGACGACUUCGUCGACAAUGUAAUCUCCAACGCCUGCAAACUCUCCAAACUCCGCGACAGCCCACAACUCGACAUCCGCGACAUCCAGCACGUUCUCGAGCGCAGCUACAAUAUUCGUAUCCCCGGCUAUGCAUCCGACGAGGUGCGCACGGUGAGGAAGAUUGUGCCAGCGGCGGGCUGGGUAGACAAGAUGAAGGCGGUCAACGCAGCAAAGGUUAUGGGCGGGAAGACGGACUUUUAGGGGAGCACCGACUUCCACAAGAGGAUGAGGAACGAGCAAGAUGACUUGGAGCGUAAGAUGAAGAAGAUGAAGAUUGAGAAGGAGCAAGCUGAACUGAAACCUCUUACAACGGUGGAAGAGCGUCGUAAUGCACGGACACGGGAGUUGCAGAGGAAUUCUGAGAAUCUUGAGAUUUGGAAGCGCCGGAGGGGGGUUUGAUACCUAUGUGGCAUGGUACUCGACGAUAUGCUAUCGCUACUGCUAUUGCUAUUGCACUUGAAAGAGGAUGGAGAUGUAUGGGGGUAUUGGCGAACUUGGCGAAGAAGAAGAAGAUUCUUCACAAGAGCACCACAACGCGGGCGAACUUUAGAGCAGGUCGCGAUGACGGCUGAACAAACAGAUGAGAAUGUCCAUUGAU